AUGCUUGCGACUCCGCCAUGCCCUGCGCCUGGCGUGAACGCUAUCUCUCUGCCUCAGUUGAAGCGUAAGCGCUCGGAAUCUAGCAAUUCUACGCCCGAUCAAGACACUCCGGUCGCGACCAAGUUACGCGCAGACAAUGCGCCGCGCUCCCUUACCAUCAAGCAGGACAAUACGUCAACCAUGAACAAUACCAUGAACAAUCCGGAUACUGUCUCGCUUGAAGCGCCCAGCAAUCUUCCGGCAAACUCGACGUCCGAAAUGUCGCAGCCGCUGCCGCACCCUUUAAGUACGGUCGCAUCUGCACCCCCCGCAGUACCCAAGGAUACCGGCUCACGGAAGCUGGAUGUGGAUGCCUUGCGCGAAACACUAGAAGCUCAGCUCAGUUUAGAGGUAUUGUUGAAGCACAAUGAACUUCGGUUGAUCGACCAGGAGAUCGCAAAAUGUCAGGUCGCGUUAGAGCAAAUACGCCGAUGCGCAGAGAUUCCUUAUCCGGGUUCAAAUGUGGCGGGCUAUUCGCAGUCUGUCAGCAAUGGGACGGGCAUGGCGAUUUGGGCUCCUGAAAAUGGACCUGUGCCACUGUCUCCGGCACCGUGGGGUACCACUGACGGUCCGUACACUCGCCACUACGCUCGAUGGCUAAUCCCAGAUCCUCGGUUUGACGGCGGGGAGGUUGAGCCUGCUACCCCCAUGACUGGUGGUCUGGCUAGUCCGUGGACUGAAGGGCGCUCGACUCGUGGAAGCUGUGGGGAUCUUGGCUACGUCGCGGGCAAGACCCGACCUCAACGAGGCACGGGUGGAAGACUGCAGUCUUUGCCCAAUGGCUACCCGCCACCAAAGGAAAAGCCUGGGCCGAUGCUUAUCCGACGAAAAUCGGAUAACCUGCUUGUCAAGCUGGUUUGCCUGGACUGCCGGCGGGACAACUUCUCGAGCACGCAGGGUUUCAUCAAUCACUGUCGUAUCGCGCACAGCCGAAACUACGCUAGUCACGAAGCGGCAGCAGUCGAGUCGGGCGAGCCUGUGGAGGUGGACGAAGCCGGUGCAAUCAUCGGUGGCAAGAACGAGCCCUCGACUCCGGCCACAACGGGUUUCAUUCAUCCAUUGAUUCGGUCCGCGCAUGUCAUUGAGCCGCUUCCCAAGACGGCGGCAACACUUGUCUCCGAUGCCAAUGUGACUCCUCGAAAACGCUCUAGCCCUAGUCGACAGGCCCCCUCUGGCGCGGUGACCCCUACAACACUUGCUACGGCGAGCGAUGCCUCCUUCAUGGCGUCCCCGGCAACUCCUCAUCUAUCGAACUUGAUGAAACUUCGAGGCGUUGCGGUUGAUCUGGAACAGUUGGUUGGGGAUGCCAAGACCGUCGUUGAUCUGAAUGACUAUUCCGAUGAUGACGAAGGCGAGUCAGACGCCGGGCCUGUGCAACCGUCGGCGGAGAUGAGUCAAGACCAGACGCCGCUGGGAGUCCGUGCGGGCAGGCAACCGAUGCGGACGACAGCCUCGCAGGCGGCAACACGGCGCCCUGGCAGCCGAAAAGGACUGGACUCCCUGGACCACAGGCCACCUCCCCUGCAAACCUCAACGCCUACCCGGGCUACCCCUUACCAGUCCCCCUAUCCUUCUAUGUCUUGUCUCCCCCCGGACUCGCAAACGGGAAUUUUGCGAGAACUCGAGGGGACCGAACAAGCCUCGAAUCUCAGUCCUAAUACGGCUGAGUCCAAUCAGGCUCCGAGUCUUGUAAGUGAUGACGAUGAUUACGGGGAGGGGUCGGACUCGGAUCCGGGGCCCAGUUCUUCUGAAGCGGGCGACCACGACGAAGAUUUGGGUCAUAUCGAUGUCGAAGACGGCGAUGAGAAUACCACAAGAUCGGCAACUGCUACUCCGGCGAAGUCGGAUAUUGGAAUGGCCACCACCUCCUACCCCAGUGUUCACGAAUAUACCACAAUGUCCACUCCAAUCAAAACCUACGACCCCAACCACAUCACCAAAGAAACCUUUCAAUCCCUGCUAUCAAGAUACCCAUCCACCGUGGAAUCCGUCACGCGGCGAAAGGCCCUCGAGAAAAGGAAAGCCAGCAGCAAGAAAAAGUCCAACUCCAACCCCAAACCCACAUCCAAAUCCACAAGCGCAUCCACAACAACAACAACAACAGAAGACCCCGAUGCAUCAUCAGCCGCCUCGCAACUCGUCCAAACCUACCUCACCCUCGACAACGCCCGGUAUACGACUCUCCCAGCCACGGUCCGGUCCCGCGCAACUGCAGCCCAAGGGCCCGGAUACCUGGAGAAAGAAGAGCUAGAGCGGUUAGUUGAGUGGAAGAUGAAACACGGGAAAUUCCGCCCCGCGCUCUUGGGAAUGAUCCGCUCGAAUGCAGAGGAUACCGUUCGUGAUGCUACGGCGAAAGCGUUUCGGUUGUUACAUUCACAGACAGUGGGGAUAUUUCCCCGGCUUCAGGAGGCACUGGAGAGCUUGACGCGGCCGUUGAGGGGUGUUGGGCCUGCGACGGGGAGUUUGGUUUUGUCGGUUUUGAGGGUUGGGGUUGAUGGUGAUGCUGAUGCUGGGGCUGAUGAUGUGCCGUUCUACAGUGAUGAUGUGUAUUUGUGGUUGUGUUUCGGGGUUUUCCCUGGAUGUGAAGGUCCCGACAAGAAAAUGAACAGGGCGUUGAAGGCGGGGAAAUCUGGGGAGUUGGAUGUUAAGUAUAAUGUCGCUGAGUAUCGGGAGUUAUGGGAUGCCGUCGUCAGGUUGAGGGAGAGGCUGGGCGUUGGUUGUGCGGAGAUUGAGAUGGUGGGGUUUGUUUUGAGAAAUGGGGUGGAUUUCAUGGUGGAGGAUCAGGGAGAGAGUAAGAAAGAGGAGGUGAAGGAGCAGGAGGGUGAGGAAGACGAGAACAAGAAUCGAGAAGGUCAGAGGAAGCGCCCGCGUGGGAAGAAUGAGAAUGUGGAAGAAAAGGUCGGAGUGAGGAGGAGUACCCGUCAGAGAAGAGGCUAG